CCCACAUGGAAACGGAGACGCUAUUAUGGCGGAAGAGGGAAGUUGUCGAAAACUGCUUCUGUAGCCUAACAAAAAGAACUAGCCUAGGCUAGGCUAUCAUUAGGCCUAAACAUCUAAGUUAGGCCUAGCCUAUAAACCCAGUAAAAAAACAGCCGGUCAGUUUCUCAUUGACCAAUAAUGUUUGUGUCCAGAUCUAUAUAUAGAUCUAUCUGUGAGAAUUGAUGUCGUUAUAAGGGCGCUUUUAAGCCACUAAUUUUGGCUUUUUGUAGUUUAUUUUAUUAGUUUAGUUGAAACAAACAGGCUAAACUUACAAACAAGCUCAAACAAUGGCGAACACCCGCGCUGAUGGCAGUUUUGAAGAGCAGUGCAUUGGAUCUGCAGAUGUGGAGCUCGUAGAGCGCAUCUUCCACCGGAUCAUGACCGAGGGACCGGAGUAUGUCAAGGUCGCCGGGGGUCGCACGCUGCCACGUGUCCGUGACACUGGGGCCAGGAGCGUGAGCGGUCACAGCAGUCACAACUACAACAACAGCGUCAUCCCCUUCCCGACCUCGUCUGCCUCCGGGAAAAGGAACCAAGUGUACCUGGAUACACCAGAUGGUUCGGUCACCGCCAGGAAAGGUCUCAGUGGCUCUAAAGUUCGCUCUGGUUCCAUCACGCCCACGACCAGGGUACCUGGGUCAACCCCUCGGGCGUCCAGUGUGUUUGAGUGGACUGACCAGGCCAGCAUUACCGGGGCGUCACCGAGGCCACAGUCCUUCAGGCAGAGUAACAGAAAUUCGGUGACUUUAGCUGAUGAGGGCGAGAGUGAAGAAGGUGUUGUGAGCCUGUACCGAUGGAACGCUAGUGAUCAGGGACUGCGACUUCAGCGGCAGCUCACACAUCUCACCUCAAGCAGAGCCAUGAAGAGAGCCUCAGAGAUCAUGCAUCAUCGGCUUGACCCAAUGUACCUCAUGAGUGGGUCAAAGGUCAGCCUCCAGCAUAAAUAUGACAUUGAUGAGUCAGAAAUGAGGAGACUCCAGGAGAUGUCACAAGUCAGAGAGGACCUCCUCUCUGAUCUGAAGAAAAUGAAAUUUCCAUAUGGUGCAAGGGCAUCUACACAUAUUGUGAAAACUUUGAAGCAGAACAACAUGGAUCCACGAGUGUCUAAAACUUCAAUCUCACAGAGAAACCAGGAGAUGCCUUCACUCAAGCCUGACAAGGUCCACUACCCAACCCCAGCUUCAGAACCUGCAUUAAAUUCUUCACGAGUGCCAGAACGGCCAUUGUCAGAACACUCGGAUACAGAACCCUCAUUGAAUGGAGUAGAAUGAAAUUGUGAACACUUCAUACCAAUCACUGUAUUAGCCCUAUAAGGUUUUUUAAUAAGGCACCCAUUAUUGAUCAUAAAAUUACAAAGUUGCUUUUAAAAGUAAACAUUUGGUGUGCAUUUAAAUGGAUUUUUCUCCCUUUUCUAAAACUGAAAAAUGUGUUUAUUUUUCCUUCUAAAAGUAUUCAUGCAGUACAAAGUUCUUUAUCAGCACAUGAACUUGAUUCUAGAUGUGAUUUUAGAACUACGAUUCCAGUCACUUUAGCCUCAUUUUACAAGGCAUCCAGUACUGUCUCUGACAAGCUGUUGAGAUACUUAUACUUUACAACUAAGUACAGGGUCAAUAGUUCAGAGAUAUUUCACAAGUUGCAUAAUCCUGUAACUAGUUGUGUUGUGGGAAAAGAUUCUACAUUCUACAGAGUAAAUGAAAACACUUCAUCUUAUCAUUACAUGCAAGAUGUUUAUUUCAUUUUUCGUUUCCUUUUUGUAUCAUUCUCCCCAAGUGCAUUAAUAUCAUUGACAUAUGAACAUUUGUUGAGGUUUUUUUUGUUUUGCUUUUAGUGGAACUUUAUUUUUCUUGAUUGGCAAAGAGUAAAUUGAAAUAGAUAGGGGGCCCAAGUUAUUGAGUCAGUGGAAAUAAAUGUUGACCUUUGUCAAAUGAUGUACCAAACAAAUAUUGUGAAAGAAAUGGUUUUUGAGAGAGAGGAUCAAUAUUUUUCGCAACAUCCUCAGCGAAGUGUUGCAGGGUGUCUUUUGUAGAGUUAAAGGAGUAUGGGCAUUACGGUAUGUCUCUGUCAACACAAUGCAAACUAUGAAAGUGGAAAUUCUCCAGAUUCACAAAAAUGUCGUUGAUGACAUAGGAAAGAGCUCCUGACUUCAUUAAAAAGCAUUUAUGGGAAUACUGGGUGAAAGGGAACGCGUUUGAUGAGGUUUUGAGACUUUUGAUUGUGCUAACUUACUUGUAUUGCAUGUUCCGUAAGAAUGCAUUUUGCAAAAUGUUUAGUGAAGGGACAAAGUGAAUUUUCAAAUGUGUGCCAGGCAAAUAUGAAUGAUAUUUAAUGCUUUAGAAACUCCGUCCAAGAUAUUUAAUCUAUCUAAUGUAAACAGGAAAUUUGUGCCACUGUACACAAACGUGUUUUCAGUGAGGUCCACAGUGUGAAUUGUCCUGCAUUUGCCUAAAUUCCUCAAUGCCCCUGGGUAAUUAAAUUUACACAUUAUGGAUCUUGAGCAUCUUUCUGGAGACUUAUGAAGAGAAAGGUGAACAUCUACACCAUCAGUUACAUACAUAUUGCAAACUUUUAAGUAUAGGUUCAAGUAUGUGUGCAAGAUUCUGCGCAUCCUGUCACACUCGGAUGGUUAAGGACUGUUGUACGGAUAGGGUGAUGCUUCUAUCAUACAUAAAUAAUACAGACUUCAACCUAAGUUAAGGACCACCUUGACAGACAGCCCUGAUUUUUAAAAAUCCGAAAAAAGACAUCAAGGAAUGUUUCAAAUUUUUAUGCUCUGAAAGUGUUGAUGGGUUAACAAUGCCUACUGCAAAGCUUCCUAAAGGUGCAAAACCGCAAUGUGCAGCACGGAAAUCCUCGGGGAAUUUUGGCCAAAUUUGAAGUGGUUCUUGACUUAUGUUGAAGUCUGUCGUAUGACGUUACCUACUGAAUUGUGCUUUGUUUGCAUAUAUUGAUUCACAUUGUUAUGUACAGUCUGUGAUACUGUUAUAUUUUGCUCCGGGGUUAACUUUUGUUAUAAUUGUUUGAGGAUGUUCUCGUCAUGUCCUUCCUUUUCUACACAACUGCAGCCUCCUGCUCUGCUGCUGGACCUGCCAUUCCAUGACAUUAUAAUAAAAAAGAAAUGCUUUUAACUGAUCAGAAAAGA